UGGUGGACGAGAUUUCACAUGUUGCAAAAUUACACGAUUUAAUUUCAUAAUUAAGGCAUUUCUGUCGUAAUUUCUCGAGAUAAAAAGUUAAUCAAAAUGAAGACAAGAUAUAGUACCAUUGAUCUGCGGGUGGCAAUCAAUGAAGUGAAUUCCAAAUUGUUGGGGUUGCGUGUAGCCAACUGCUAUGACAUUGACCACAAGACCUACUUGAUAAAGCUGGCUAAGCCGGAUAUGAAAGCCAUGUUGUUGAUUGAAUCGGCCAACAAAAUCCACAUCACUGGUUACGAGUGGCCCAAGAACGUUUCGCCCUCUGGUUUCUCAAUGAAACUGCGUAAACAUCUCCGUACCCGUCGUCUUGAGAAGAUCGAACAGCUUGGUAUUGACCGAAUCAUUGACCUUCAGUUCGGAUCUGGAGAAGCUGCAUAUCAUCUCAUAGUAGAGCUGUAUGAUAAGGGGAACUUAGUGUUGACAGACUUUGAGUACACCAUCCUGAACAUUCUUCGAGUGAGGUCGGAUGAGAGUCAAGAUGUUAAGUUUGCUGUGAGAGAGAAAUACCCAUUGGAUGCAGCUCGUCAACCUGUGCCUCUCAUGCCUCAGGAUAAGCUGCACGAAAUACUGACUGCUGCAAAAGAUGGCGACCCCCUGAAAAAAAUCCUCAACCCAAACUUUGAAUAUGGUCCAGCAGUGAUUGACCAUUGUUUGCUGAGUGUUGGUUUCCCUGAAAAUGCCAAGAUUGGCAAAGGUUUCACACUGGCUGAAGACAUGCCAAAGUUAAUGUCGGCUUUGGAGUUGGCUGAGAAGCUCCUAGAGGAGACCCGGGCUGAGGGUGAAGUUGGCAAGGGAGGAUACAUCAUUCAGAAGCGGGAGACGAAAGCAGCAGCUGCAGGGAAUGAUGGUGGAGAACUCCUUACUUAUCAUGAAUUCCAUCCGUUCAAGUACAAACAGCAUGAGAGCUUCCCAUGUUUGGAGUUUGAAACCUUUAACCAGGCUGUGGAUGAGUUCUUCUCUCAGAUCGGGAGUCAGAAACUUGACAUGAAGGCGCUGCAGCAGGAGAAGACUGCUCUCAAGAAGCUGGAGAAUGUCAAAAAGGAUCAUGAGAAACGUGUUGGCGUGCUCCAGAAAGAACAGGAACAUGAUAAAACAAAAGCACAGUUGAUUGAGAUGAACUUAGAUACGGUUGACCGAGCGAUCAAAAUCGUGUGCAGUGCCCUAGCCAACCAGAUUGACUGGUCUGAGAUCUGGGACCUGGUGAAGGAAGCCCAGGCCAAUGGAGACCCUGUGGCCAGUUCAAUCAAGGGGUUGAAGCUGGAUUCUAACCAUAUCACCAUGCUGUUGGGAAGCCCAUUCUCCUACUUGGACAGCGAUGAAGAUGAAGACAGCAUCAAGCCGUGUAAGAUUGAUAUCGACCUUGGCCUGUCGGGCUAUGCCAAUGCCAGAAGGUAUUAUGACAUGAAGAGGACUGCGUCCAAGAAGGAACAGAAGACAGUCGAGUCUUCGACAAAGGCGUUGAAAUCUGCCGAAAGAAAGACGAAACAAACACUAAAGAGUGCUCAAGUUGCUGCCAGUAUCAAUAAGGCCAGGAAGGUGUACUGGUUCGAAAAGUUCCUCUGGUUUAUCAGUUCUGAGAAUUAUCUUGUGAUCGGUGGUCGUGAUCAACAGCAAAAUGAAAUCAUCUACAAAAAAUACUUGAAGCCAGGUGAUCUGUACGUGCAUGCUGAUCUCCAUGGUGCUAGUAGUGUUAUCAUUAAGAAUCACUCGCUGAGUGAUGCGAUUCCUCCCAAGACUUUGAAUGAAGCUGGCGUUAUGGCGGUGUGUAACAGCGCGGCAUGGGAUGCCCGCGUGGUCACUAGUGCCUGGUAUGUCUAUCACGACCAGGUGUCUAAGACAGCUCCUACUGGAGAAUACCUGAGCACUGGCAGUUUCAUGAUAAGAGGCAAGAAGAAUUAUCUCCCUCCAUGUUAUCUACAGUAUGGCUUUGGAUUUGUGUUCAAGCUGGACGAAGACAGUAUUUUCCGUCAUAAAGGUGAACGCCGGGUGCGGACAGCCGAAGAGGACGCAGCCUCCACCGUAGCAGAUAGUGAAUCUGUACAAGAUAGUCUGGACCUUUGCGAUGAUGAAGAGGACUCUGGUUCAUCGUCGGAUGAUGGGGAAGAAGAUGAGGAGGCUAAAGAGAAGAUGGAGGCUAUAGAUGAGGGAGCAGAGGGUCAAACAGAAGGUCAGGCUGAUUUGGGGGAGACGGCCUCAAAGUCUGACACAAAGAAAGAUGGUGCUAAUCGUGAUAUUGACGAGACGGUCAAAGCUGAUGAUGACGAUGCCAGUUUAUUUCCCGACACGAAUAUUUCUCUUCAGCAUGUUGGUGGAACUGAGUUUCAACUCCAGAGGGAAGUGAGCCAUGAACCAGCAGAAGAUGAGGACUACAAAUUCUAUCUUGGAGACGACAGUCCUCUUACUCUGGGAGAAAAGGCGGCCAAGUCUGGUGCCAAGAUAUCAGCGAAGCAGAGACGGGAGAUGAAGAAGAAGAAGGCCAAACAAGUUGAUGAGGAUGGUGAUCAAGAAGAUGAGACCAAAAGCUCCGAAGUUCUUGAAAGUCUUCAUGAGGCAGAUGACAGUAAAGCAAUUGAAGAAGAAGAACAAGGAGAAGACAGUGGAAACAAAAAGAAGAAGAAAAAGCAGAGGCCAAAGUCAGGACAGCAAAAUCAACAGGAGUCAAACCAACAGAGGCCAAGCUCGGGCCAACAGGAAGCCAAUCAGCAGGCUCCACCAAAACGAGGACAAAAGGCCAAGUUGAAGAAGAUGAAAGAGAAAUACAAAGACCAAGAUGAAGAAGACAGAGCAUUUGCCAUGGAGCUGCUCGGGUCUGCUGGCGUCAAGAAAGAAUCCAACAAGAAGCAGAAAGGCAAGAAGGGUCCAAACACACAACAAGGGAAGGGUCGGCCACAAUCUGCCAAGAAACCUCCUCCAAAGGCAAACCCCAUCCUUGUUAAUAAAUCCGAAGACGUGACUAUCAUUGAAGCUACAGAUCCCAAUUCACAACAACCUCAGAAGCCAAAACCUGAGCAAGUGCCAGAUGACGGAGACUUAUCCGAUGAUGAAAAACAGGCUCUGUUAGAAGAGGAAAAUCUACAAGCAGCAGAGGAUGUGAACACGUUGGACACCCUGACUGGAGUCCCACUGCCUGAAGACACUAUCCUGUUUGCGAUUCCAGUCUGUGCUCCCUAUAAUGCAAUGACUAACUACAAGUAUAAAGUAAAGCUAACUCCUGGUACAACAAAACGAGGAAAAGCUGCCAAGACUGCCCUGAACAUGUAUUUGCAUGACAGAACCGCUACAUCAAGGGAAAAGGACCUUCUAAGGACAGUAAAAGACAAUGAUACCUCGAGAAACAUUCCAGGGAAGGUGAAAGUAUCGGCUCCGAAUCUCCAUAAAAACAAGAAACGAUGAUAGAAUUUCCAUUGACACUUGCCAGAGGGAUGAUACUAUUGUGAUUAAACUGAUUAAAGCAGUUUAUUUCUUUGUUCAAUGACACUUGAAGAUAAUCAUCAGUAUACUUUGAUAUUGAUGCAAGAAGAAUGUAGAUGUGAAUAUGAAUAUGAAGAGUUCAGAUUCGAAUGCUGCUAAAGGCAUUCUGAAAAAAAUGAUAUGAUUAUGAUGAAAUAUAGCUGACAGUUCUUCAGAUCUUAAUACCAAACCAAUUUAAAUUCUUCAGCAUUCGGUUGAUCAUGCAGAAAUCAGAUCUGCAGUGUGGAUGCAUCAACAAAACGGGCAGUUCGCAUCAUGUCGUCAGCAUUUCCCAACAGCUUCAUCUGAAGUGUUGUCUCAUCGGGCCAGAACUUCCUGCGUGCCGGCUCUAGUAGUGGUGUGCUCUGGGGUCUGUUCUCCGUUGCCGCGCUCACAGUUUGCCGUUUCUCGGAUUCCUUGAGUUGCUUCAAGUGUUUGUUAAACCUGCAGUGUCCUGUCCGAAGCCGGUAUAUUGUCACCUGGCUCCUCCGGUCUAGUGUGUAGAUGUUGUCCUGUGCUGUUCUGUAACCGCCAGUCUUCCUGCUCCAGCUCGCUUUCUAGUUGCCUUUAGGAGGGUCUUGGACUCUGCAUAUGAGAUCCUGUGUUGGAACUGCGGGAGCAUGCUACCUUGCCUGGCUAGGUGAUCAGCUUACUCAUUUCCAUGCACUCCUGUAUGGGCUGGGAUCCACUGGAUGACAAUUCUCUUUUUAUAGAGAAGGGAAUCUAGCCUCUAGUAGGCUGUCAGUCAGAUUCUCGGCUUUCCGGCUCUAAAGAACGUUGAGGGCUGACAGUGACUCGGCCAUAAGGUCGAUGUUGUCUUCACACUUGGCACAGUUCCUGGCAGGGUAGUCAGCAGCGGUGGUGAGUGCCUGUAGUUCAGCUUUGUAGUUGGAAUAAAGUUUGCCGGCAGAGACUGCGAAGGAGUGCGAUUCUCUGUCAGUGUGUUUCACAAAAAUUCCGUUUCCUCCAUUCCCGACAGCAUUCUGUGAGGAUCCGUCAGUGUAGACAUAGGUCCAUGCGUGGUUGGGGUACUGAAUAUCGAUCAUCUCGAGAGUCGGAGCCUUCACGAAUUUCAAUUGGUUGGUUUCCCUUUGAGACUAUCCCUGGAAUUGUUGUUCUGAACUCGGGUAGCCUUCUCUCAGGGGUCCAGUUCGUUACUUUGAGAUCCUCACUCAUCUCCUGGUCGUUUCCAAGAAUGUCCUUGUGGUGACUUUGUAGGUCCAUGGUGAUAUGGUGGAAACUCUGGCGCUUCAGCCUGGUCAAUGGUUCUUUCUGGAGUUGUUGGUGUAGAGGAUGGGAGGGGAGCCGCUUGAUCUUCUCAGUCUGGAUGAUGGUCUAUCAUCUCAUCUCCAGAGGCUGAAUGUUGGCUGUUUUCUCGAUGUCACCUAUGGGUGUGCUCCUCAAGGCCCCAAGGAUGACUCUCAGGCCCAUCUUAUGUACCUUGUCUAGUUUGGCUUUGGUCGUUUUGGAGGCCGUCGUCCAAGAGUUGGAUGAAUAUUCCAUUACUGGUCGAAUGGCUCUAGUGCACACUUGCUUCAGGAUCUUCAUGGUUGCUCACCAGGACGUUCCUGCAAGCUUUUUCAUCAGAGCUAUUUUCUUGAUGGUUCUUUCUUGGACAGACUGGAUGUAUGCAUUCCAGGUUAGUCGUUUGUCCAGUGUGCCACCUAGAAAGACCGUUGAUUCAACCUCUGGUAUCGGCUGACUUCCAAAGUGGAGAUCAGUGGUUUCCUUCUUUGUGGUGAGUGAGAAGAGCAUUGAUACCCUCUUUGCAAUGUUGACAUCCGCAAACCACUUUUCGGUCCAUUCUUCCACCUGGUUGGCUAUUGCUUGGACUCUCUUUCUGGCUGCGCACACAUGUGUGCAGACAACCCAGGCUGCUAAGUCAUCUGCAUCGAGCGUGUUCUUGACAUGCUGUCCUUUUCAAGGCUGAGUGAAGCAGUCUUCUCGUUCCAGCUGUUGCGUGCUUGUUGCAGCUUCUCACGGUCAAACUGCGGUUUGACCUUGUUGUGUCUGGCCACGUUUUCAUCCAUUGGAUGGCUCGCCAUGUCCUCCAUGGCUUCACACAACUUGUGGUGUAGGUUGUCAAGGGUUGAAUUCCAGUAUGGCUUGUAGACGUGCCUUCUUUCCCGUGGGAUCAACUUCUUGGCAGCCGCAAGAGUGGAAGAUGUGGACAUGGAAGCAUUCUUGUCAACAUUCCGCCUGGAGAGUGGGAGUUCUUGGCUGCAUUGGUCUGCAAGGGUGCCGUGGAGUCUCCAAUCAGCUUUCUUGAAGUUCCAGCUUGGUGACAACUUGGCAUCAUCCACUUGUCCUUGUCUGACAAUGUGUGGGAUGAUGGGUUUGUGGUCACUGCUCCCCGGCUGUUGGCAGACUUCUCGCUGGGUUAUCCUUUGGAUCUUGUCCAUGGCGAUGGCAAGGUCAGGGCUGCUGGUUUUCUUCCAAGCCCGGGAGUAGUAGUAGCUGGGGUCGUCAUCUGGUUUGUUGUUGACGACAAGCUGAUUCUCGAUCAUUCAUUGCUCAACCUCUUCACCUAUGGAGUUUAGGUCCUUGUAUCCCCAACUCGGAGAGUGACUGUUGAAGUCCCCCACCGUGAGCCACUCUUCUGUGUCUGUUGAGAUGUCCUCUAGUUGUACUUUGUCGGUUGGAGAGUAGAGAUUGCAGACAGUGAGGUGACCCUGUUGGGAAGGCAAGCCUCACAGUGAUGUGCUCUGUUCCUGCUGAGUCCGACCUGUUCGUUUCGGCCGACGCGAUGGUUUUCUUGACUAGAGUUAGUACUCCCCCUUUUGCUCGGUUUUCUCUGUCAUGGCGGUGGCAUUCAUAGCCUUGAAUGGAAAGUUGUGGGCACUGGUAAGAUGCGUCUGCUGGAUGCUGCAGGCAUCUACUUCGUGUAUUUUGAGGAAGUUUUGGAGUUCGGUCUUCUUUCUUCUAACUCCUUCUGCAUUUCAAUGCAUUAUCCGGAUUUUGUGACUGGUAUCACUUCUCUGACCUCCCUUCGUCACAUCAGGAGGUACAGAGCGCCAGUCACUUGGAUUGGGCCCCUUCGAGGCAGAGGGCCCGGCCUGGUGCCGUCGAUACUUGGCCGUCUCCCAUAUUGACGACACCACAUCGCUCUAGUGAUAUCUGGUGCAUGAUCUUUUCCAUUUAUACCUAGAUGCCCGAUUUGGCACGCCAUCGAGGCUGGCAUCCUCCAGCUUCGGUGCUGGCUUUCUUCUUCAGAGUGCUCGUCUCCUAGACUGGCUGCAUUGGGCUGAUGCAUCCGGUCUACUCGAGUUUUAUGCCCGAGUUUCCAUCUCCUAGAUGAAUUGCCAGAGCUUGGUGGUGUCCUUUUCAAGGCCGAGUGAAGCAGUCUUCUCGUUCCAGCUGUUGCGUGCUUGGUGCAGCUUCUCACGGUCUAUUAACUUCGCUUUAACCUUGUUGUAUCUGGCCACGUUUUCAUCUAGAUGAAUUGCCUUUGCCCGGCUGAUGAGCUCCACCUUCCCAGAGCUUUCUGGUUUUGAGGCACCAGGACUCGCCUUUAGCACCACCACUGUUGGUGAGAUCACCCCCGCCACGGGAAGGCCAGGGUUUGAGCUUGGCUGUCAGAGGCUUUGUCUUCGCUCACCAUUGGAGCAUUUUGGAGACAAGGAGAGCUCAUCCUUCUUGUCACCCUGGCAUCAACAGUCCUUUUUGGGGCAUUUUAACUAAAAACCAAAGGCAAAGAUCCGAUAGUAAACCAAGUAAAAAGCACUUCUUAAUGCCGCAACCAAUGCAUUCACAGUAAAUAAGAGUAUUUUUUUACUUAAAAUGACCUCUGGUGGACUUGAUGGCUAUUGCAUCUGAACUCCGAAGGCCUGCAAGGCAAGACAAUCUUAAGUCAUAUGGUUUAUCAAAAAUAUAUAAGCGAGCCUUAAAUAUUUUGGGGUUUAUUCAUAGGACUUUAGGUUGCAUAAUGCCUUGCAGACCUUCUCAUAUACUGGUCCAUCUCCUUCCUGAUAAAAACAAUGGUGUAUGUCUUCCAAGACAGAUAUUAUAAUUGAUGAUUACUUCUAUUUGGCCGUUAUGUUUUAAAACCCGAAUUUGUUUGGUCUUAUUUGGUAAGCACAUUACCCAAUGCAGUUCAUUAUCUUAUGUUCAUCAUUAUCAAUCAAAUAAAUUAUUAUCACAAAUCAA